AUGACUUCGGAUCAGAAGACAUUCACUGAAAUUGUAGACAAAGCUAUUGCCAAGGCUGAAGAUAUUCUCCCAAAGGAUAAGCUGUUUUCCUAUAAAUCUGUUCUGUUUCCUACAGUAUUCUGCAGCCCAGAAACUUUCAAGGCUCUUGAGUCCUUUGAAGCCAGGAAUGAUGAUAUUAUCCUAGCUGGGUAUCCUAAAACUGGUUCCAACUGGUUUGUCCAUAUUCUACGUGACUUAGUAAGAACCAUAAAGAAGAGUCAAUGUGAAAUGAAUAAAGGAAGUGAUGAAUUGCUAUACCUAGAAUUUGGAGAUCCAGGAAAAUUUGAGAGAAUGAAGAACUUACCAUCCAGACGGGUAUUAGGAACACACCUUCUUCCACAUAUGUUGCCUGAGUCCAUUUUUAAGAACAAAGCCAAAGUUCUGGUGCUGAUUAGAAAUCCAAAGGAUGUGGCUGUGUCUUAUUUCCAUUUCAGUAACAGGAUGCCCACCCUUCCUUCAUUCAGGACAUGGGAUGAGUUCUUCAGAGAUUUUAUAGAAGGCAAAGUGGCCAGGGGCUCAUACUUUGAUUAUCUGAUGGAAUGGAACAAAUACAUUGAUGACAAGAACAUUACGUUCAUAACCUACGAAGAAGUGAAAAUGGAGCCAGAGAUGGGAGUGAAGAAAAUGGCUGACUUCUUGGGAUUCUUUAUUAAUGAGGAAGAAAUCCAAAUGAUUGUAGACCAGAACAAUUUCCAGGAAAUGAAGAAGAACUCUGAGUGUACCCAUGGCGUUUUUGGAAAAAUACUCUUCCGUAAAGGAGAUAUCGGAGACUGGAAGAGCAUUUUCUCGGAAGCUCAGAGCCAAGAAAUGGACCAAAAAAUUGAAGAGUGCUUAAGAGGAACUAAGCUUUGUGAGAUGAUGAAGUAUGACAUUUACUGCCGGUUUUGA